UCUAAAGACUGUAGCCGCGUAAUUUUCUCUUCUUCUAUCUGUCUUUAUAAUUCUACAGCUGAUCGGUUUUUGUGCUUGAUGAUGAACGAGUUUGUUUGCAUGGACUGGGAUUUGCAAGCAAUAGUGCGAGGCUGCAACGUCGGUGAGGCCCCAAACUCCAUGGACGACACAACAUCUUGUUUUUCUCCUUUGAGUCCUCAACAAGAUGCCCUUUUUAAAUUUCCUGAUAUUUGUGAAACCACAACGAUUAUAAAUGAAUUAGAUGAGCUUUACAAGCCCUUCUAUCCGCAAACCAUCCUCACCACCAGUCCCAUUUCGGUUCCUGAUGAAGUUGAGAAGCCUAAGAAGCUGAGAAAGCAACAGUCUCUUUCUGGUUCUUCAAAUAGCACUGGUGAUACCGAUCAAGCAGCCAAACCGAAAAGAGGCAGGAAGAAUCAACAGAAAAGAGAAGUGAAACAGGUAACAGCCGAUGGUCUUUCGUCUGAUAUGUGGGCUUGGCGUAAGUACGGACAGAAACCCAUUAAGGGAUCAUCUCAUCCAAGGAGCUAUUACAGGUGCAGCAGUUCCAAAGGAUGUUUAGCAAGGAAACAAGUUGAAAGAAGCAGCACAGAUCCAAGUAUAUUUAUCAUAACGUACAGUGCCGAGCACAACCACGGCCACCCAACACGGAGAAACUCCCUCGCAGGAAGCACCCGAAGCAAGUCUUCAACGCAAGGAACUCCGGCCAAGAAUGAGCAAACAGAUCAAGUACAAUCAGGUCUUUCCCCAGUAACUCCUUCGCUGACAUCCACUGAAGACGAGUCUGUACACCAGGAAAGCUUUAAAAAGGAGAAUGAACACGUUUCUGAAGACGGAGAAGAAAACGAAAUUGCCAUGCCCGAUUCAAUUUUUAACGAUGAAUUUUUUUCAAGCCUGGAAGAUUUAGGACUUUUAUUGGAUCAGUUUCCGGACACCUAAUUAUUUCACCAGAUAAACCAUAAGUGGCAGUAUCUUGUAAUUGGUCAAAUUUGCAGUUUUGACACAGUAAAUUACUUCUUUUUCUUGUUCCGUAACUUGGUUUUGUAUAAUUCAUCAUCCUCGUGACAAAUUUAUAUCUUGUAUUGUAGGCAAUAGUUAAUACUGAAUGUCAAGAAAGUCGGUUCCAAGUUCAUUGUUUUCCGAAUACCGACAAAGAUAGGUUUUCUUGCUGAUCUUAUUUUUAACAGAAGCUCCCACAAGGAAUUAAGCAAUUUAAUUUGAAUG